CACCAUAUAAUUCCACAGUUUAAUAUCUGCAUGCAUUUCCCAUCACUUUCAGCUUACCCAUUUUAUUAUAUUAUCACCCUUUUUAUCAGAUAUUAUGUAACUUUAUAAUGUCCUUGUUCAAUACCUGACAGUGCUGUUUAUAGCAGAUACUCAGGCUAUUAAAAUAUGCUGCGUAUGGUACCCCGGUGUUGGCUCGGCCUCAUCUUUACUCAUCUAAAGUAGACCAAGGUUCUUGCCUGACUGACAGAUAGCCCUCUUGAACAGAGAACUUUGCAUCAAUAAAGUUCACCACAGCCCAUUUUUUAAACGUGGAUCUCAGCAAUUCCGCGAGAGAUGGGCAACAGCGCGAGCCAGGUCUAUGACACAUUUGGCUCACGCUGGCGACUUCAAUCAGGCCCUCGAGCGGCACCUGAGAGCCAUGGACUCUUGACAGAUAGCGAAACCGAGAGAGUGCAGUCUCACGGCCAUAAACUACCUGUUAAUCCAGCUGUGACUUAUUGUCGUGCUGAUUGAGCCUGCACUUUGGACCUCUGGCGAGGGUCUGGUCCCACAACGCCGGCCAAGCCGCUCACAGAAGUCAGUGGGAAGAGCUGGAAGAUCCGACACCAUGUCUCUCCACAGUUACGUGCUAGCUGGCACCCUGCUGGCGCUUUCUGUUUGCCAGGCACAGAGUGGUGGCGUGAGGGACACCACAACCACCACGACCAAAGGCAGGCUGCAGCCCUGGCUGGUGGGGCUGGCAGCGGUCGUGGGCUUCCUCGUCUUCGUCUUCAUCGUGCUCAUUGCGAAGAGGCUGCUGUUCGGGAGAGAUGACAGCAGCAGCAGACGCAGCAGCAGAGAAGAAGAUGUGGAGGGUUUUGAAAACAAACUUGAGACCGUCAUAGAAGAGGAGGAAGAUGAUGUCAAACAGACAGUCCUAUGAAGAAAUGACCCAGACAAAACAACCUCAAGACCAACACUGGUGUUACACCGCAAGGAAACAAUUAUGAACUUUUUCACUGUGGGAAUGUGUUUAUUUAAUUUAAUUAAUGUGACACCUGAAGACAUUAUAUUUAGACGUAUUCAUUGUUAUGGUUGAUGAUUUAAUAAACAUACACAAGGCGUAGUGUUGCUAACAGAGAGAGGACUGGCAUAUUGACGUUUUUUAAAUAGCAUAUCUUUACUUCUGUCAGCCACUAGAUGGCGUAAUGUACUCUAUCUAUUCUCAUUUGUGCGCAUUGGCAAAGCAGUUCCUAACACUGCAUCUUGAAUAUUAACAUAUUAUUAAUUAACACAUUAUUAAUAUACGUCCCUAAAAAAGAGGGCAAUAUUUUGUAACUAUAUAAAAAAACUACAACUACCAGAGAAACUUUAUAUUUAACUGUAUAUGUAUAUAUAUAACUACAUAAAAAACUAUAACUACAAAAGGAAUAUCAUAUAAACAAUGUUAUGCAUGUAGUCUGAUUGGGAAAGAUGUUUCACUGCGUAUAAUAAAUACAUCCUCAUUAUGCUUUCCUUAUCCACAGUAUAAAAAAUACAUUAUAAUCAGUGGUAUUGGAUAUUAGCAUGCUUGUAAAAUUACAUUGAAUGACUGAUUGCAAUGAUUGUGAAAGUCCACCGACAACAAAGAAAAUAAACAUAGAAAAGAUUUUCCAUGAUGUGAUGUAUGGUUCACACAACCAUACAGAUGACACUUGGCCCUUGGUGAUGUGGUGUGAGUCAGUGGGCUUUCAAAAGAUGUGGGUUUGUGAACAACGAGUCUUUCAAGACAGGUGGCGUCACAGUGGACUGAACUGGUGGGGCUUGCAUUUUGUGACAUUUCUGAUUUCGGCAUGUAUGUAUGCAAAGAGGGUUACGGUAUGAAGUCGAUUACUCAUUUUGAAUGACAGUUUUGACAGCUUAAAUGCUUCCAGUGCAGUGAUGUAACAUCAACCAAGAAGUCUUUUCUCAUAUGGAAUCGUCUCAAAGGAACAGUUUUUGGCACAGAUGAUAGAAAACGCACGACAUACGAGCAUACAGAUGCAUUUUCCAUGCAUAUGAAGUGAAUAUACAGGC